GUCCCCUCCCUGGCGGCUCUCCAAGCCGGCGGCGUUUUUUGUGCGUGCAUCAACCUCUCCGGCAGCUCCGGCUCCUUUUAAAGCGCCGCUUCCCUCCUCGGUUGCUUUCUGCGCUUUUGCCAGGCAGCGCUUCCAACUCCCGCCUCUCCCCGCGCGCGCGGACCCUCCUUCUCCACUUCGGCCGCGCCGUCCCAGCCCGUUGCGCGUUUUGCUCGCCGGACUUUCCGCGCCUUCUUCCGCGGGAGCAAUGAAAGCCCUUCUGUGGCCUUUGGCGCUGAGCGGCUGGUGGCCUUGCUUCGUCUUGCUCCUGCUCCCGGGCAGCUCGGCUCAACUCUUCGGGCGGCGUUUCGAAGAGCGGGCUUGCCCUGACCGCUGCGACCGCGCGCAGUGCCCAGAGCUGCCCGCCGAGUGCGCGGGAAGCGGGGAGGCGCUCGACUCCUGCGGCUGCUGCCCUGUUUGUGCCGCGCAGGAGGGCGAGUCUUGUGGGGGGUCGCCAUCCGGGGAGCCGUCGUGCGCCGAAGGGCUGCUGUGUGUGCUGCCGACCGGGGGACCCGGAGUGGCCGCUUCGGCCACUGUGCGCAGGCGGGCCAAAGCCGGCCGCUGCGUGUGUGCCAGUAAGGACCCGGUAUGUGGCAGCGACGGAAGGAGCUACCGCAACCUGUGCCAGCUGCGGACUGCUAGCCGGCGCUCCGAAGAGCAGCAUCAGCCGCCCGUCAUCGCCAUCCAGCGGGGCGCCUGCGGCCAGGGUCAGGAAGAUCCCAACAGCUUGCGGUAUAAAUACAAUUUUAUUGCAGAUGUGGUGGAGAAGAUAGCCCCAGCUGUUGUUCAUAUAGAAUUGUUUCGCAGAUUUCCUUUUACAAAGAGGGAAAUUUCUGUUGCCAGUGGUUCAGGAUUCAUUGUUUCUGAAGAUGGACUGAUCGUUACAAAUGCUCAUGUGGUUACCAAUAAGAACAGAGUGACAGUGGAGCUGAAGAAUGGUGUGACAUACGAAGCUAAAAUUAAAGAUAUUGAUGAGAAAGCAGAUAUUGCACUAAUAAAAAUAGAUACUCAGGCAAAGCUUCCAGUCCUGCUUCUUGGACGUUCAGCAGAGUUACGGCCUGGUGAAUUUGUGGUUGCAAUUGGAAGUCCAUUUUCUCUUCAAAAUACAGUGACUACUGGGAUUGUUAGCACCACCCAACGAGGAGGCAAAGAGCUGGGACUUAGAAACUCUGAUAUGGACUACAUCCAAACAGAUGCCAUUAUCAAUUAUGGAAAUUCUGGAGGACCUUUAGUGAACUUGGAUGGGGAAGUGAUUGGUAUUAAUACUCUGAAAGUCACUGCUGGAAUCUCCUUUGCAAUACCAUCAGACAAAAUUAAAAAAUUCCUCACUGAAUCACAUGACCGACAAUCUAAAGGAAAAGCUGUAACUAAGAAAAAAUACAUUGGCAUUCGAAUGAUGUCUCUCACUCAGGGUAAAGCUAAAGAACUUAGGGAGCGCUAUGAAGACUUCCCUGACAUUAUUUCUGGAGCCUAUAUCACUGAAGUAAUUCCAGACACACCAGCUGAAAAAGGCGGCCUGAAAGAAAAUGAUGUGAUUAUAAGCAUUAAUGGACAACCAAUAAUCUCAGCCAAUGAUGUCAGUGACGUUGUCAAAAAGGACAGUACACUUAGUAUGGUAGUACGUAGAGGGAACGAGGACACUAUUCUAACAAUUAUUCCUGAAGAAAUUGGCCAUUAAAUAGAAACAUGAGCUGGAUUUCAUGCUAUGAGCACGCACUGGACUGUUUAUAUUAUCUCUGUGCUGGUACAGGAAACAGUAGCUUUUGACCAACUAUCCACAUGUUCAGUGGUAUUGUAUUGCCGAAUAAAGUAAUUUUCUUAUAGGUACAGUGUUCAAGAUGAUACUUCAGCUGUUCUUAAUGUGUACUAUGUAUUCUUUACUGGCUAUUCCAUUUGUUACUACCACUUUAGUAACAAAUCCAUUCUAUUCCGCAAGUUAAACCACCUGUAAAACGCACAUCACAGUAUUCCAUUGAUUAAUAGCUUGAUUUUUCCUGAAGAUAAAACUGUUAAUAAGAAAGAUAAAAUAGUGAAAAUAUUUGAAAUAAAUACUGACUUGUACCCAUGCAAGUCCUGAACCCAUGCUGAUUUUUUUUUAAAGAAAAAAACCUACGGUAGUUUAAUUAAAGUACUUCCAGUUA